CUAAAGCACAUAGUAAUUAAAUACGAGCUUUAUAAAAAGCUCUAAAACGCUUUAUAAAUAAAUUUACGUUAUGUAAUCCUCUAUCAAUUGAAAACAAUCAUUAAUUGUUAAGAACUGCAUUGCAACGGCUAUUCCUUGCACGAAACAUUAAAUCAAAAAUUUCUCCAGAAAACCGACAUACGGUACUUCCUUCCGUUCGAAAGUAUAGCGUUAGUUUAGCUCAAUUUCACAAUGAAAUAUAACUGCAAGAAUAUUUUUAAAAACUCAAUGUCUUUUUUAUUUGCAAAAUGUAUUCGUGUAAAUUAUGUAGCGUAAUUAAAGCCUUACAAAACGUAUUUGUACUUUAAUCACCCCCAUCGUAGCCGAAGGUCUACGACGAUAAUGUAGCGGUAACACUUUUCUUUAUUUAUAUAUAUUUAACCAUACAAAUCUCUUCGAAUAACAAAUUUUAUUUUUUCAUCUCUUUACACAAAAAGUGAUGUAUAAAUAAUUUGAAGUCCUAACAAGUGAACUUACAAAAGGAGCAUGACUGCCGCGGUCGUUAGUUGAUAAAGGUGUGAAGAAAUAGAGCAAGAUGGCACGAUACAAUGGCAGAGUAUUGUCCAUUGUGUUCAGCACACUACUCCUUGGGCGGGCUAUUGCAGCGCGUGGUCACACAGAAGUGCGCGUGGAGCUCCAAAUGGAGAGAUGGGCAGCCCGAGGGGGCUCCGUCCGGCUUCGCUGCGUUCACGACGUGCCUCCCCACCUCCUUGAUAAGGUCGUCUUCCUUCGCCACGGCACCAAGAUCUUCCAAUACAUUAGGAACAGGAAACCGCCGUACAGGAACUUCACGACGCCCGGCGCUGUACUUAAUAUCGCUCUCGCAACAGAGAACUCCAUAAUCCUGCAGAACCUUGACUUCGCAGCGAGCGGCAGCUACUCGUGUGAAGUAUCCCUUGACACACCUAUCUACACAAAAGCGUCUCCUGAAAAGCAACUUACAGUAUUCCAUCCCCAGAAACACCAUCCCCGUAUCGACUUCCCAAGUAGAUAUCUGAGCUUCGGCGAGACCCUCCGAGUGAAUUGCACUAGCGCGCCUGCGCUGCCGGCGCCGCACAUCACAUGGUUUAUUAAUGGCAAAAAGAUGGAUGAAGUUCAAGCCAACUCCCACAAGUAUCGGGUGUCCAUGAGCGAGCGAAGUUCACGGAGGGGCCUCCUCAAGACCUUUGAACCUGAAUCUGAAUUGACUACACCACCAAUCCUCGCACUCACACAUACGUCACGUGUAGCUACAAGAGCGCCUGGCUGUGUGCUUAAAGAGGCAGAAGGACUUUCAAAGAAUGAAGAUGACAAUAGUAUCCACGGGUUAAGUAGGCAUAAAAGUCGAAAACCUAGCCGAGGCAAGGACUUGUUCGUAACUGUGUCAGAGCUACAAUUAGUGGCGACGGGAAAACUUGAAGUGUCCUGUGUCAGUACUAUACCGGAGUUCCGGAGCAUAGAAGACAAAUUUGCGGAUGUGAGAAACGAGACCGUUAUAGUGGAUGUGAUCCGACCUACGGCGCAAGAAGAAUUAGCCGCUAACCUCACUACGGGACAAAGCACAUCUGUGGCCAGCACUUCAAUUAUUUCCUCUUUUAUUACGCAUAUUACACUAUUAGUUCUCAUCGUCAUUUGACUAAUAAUACCUUUUGAAUGUUUUUAGAAAUCAGGCUGUGAUAAAAUUAUUCGAGUUUAAACAUUUCUCGGGCUUACCAAUUAAAUAAUUAAUAGGCGAGCUUGACUUAAACGUGUUCUUUAGCUCACUGCUGUGAGCUUGUAACAAAUCAUCGAUAUAUUUAAUGUAAUUAACAUGCUACGGGCAAUAUAGUUAAAAGUUAAAACGUAUAAAAUUCACACGUAUUUGGAUACUUUUGUAAUACAUACCUACAACCUACGUAUAUCUAAAAUUACAUAGUACAUCUAACUCUACAUUAUAAUUUAUAUAUCUAUAGUUCCUCUAAAUAGUUUGAUAUAAUAUAAGUAUAUCGUAUGCAAUCAAGCAGAUGAUAACAAAUUUUUGUCAACGUGUGCUUAUGAUGUCCCUAGCAUAUUAAAUACAAAAGUAUCAUUGUGUUCCUUUAAUUAUAAUAGUAGGUACAUAUCAUACUUUUUAAAUUAAGUGAUAUCGAAUAAACGCAAUCAAUAUUUUUAAAUUGAGAUUAAGAUUUUCAACUUAUUACGAUAGAGUUUUGAAAAGCAAAUAGAUAAUAAAAUUGAAUAGUCUUAAUGAUCGUGAAAUAAGGCUUUUAUGGAAGUUACCUUAUUGUGCCGAGAUUUUAUCGAAAUCGCCAAAACAUAUCAUUACUCCAUUGGAGAUAGUACCUAGUUUGUAAAUAAAAAUAACUUUUGUUUACGAAAUAUCUAUUUAUUUUAUUGUUGAAAUGUUAUAUAAACAAAUUGUACCAAAGCCAUAAAUCCAAAUUAUUUUAAGUAGAUGUGCAUAGAAUGGAUUCAUUGUUUGAAGCCCAUUAGAUGCACUAUUAAAAAGGCUCUUUAUUUACUUGGGAUCAAAUAUUUUAGGACUAAAAUAAUUAUAUGAACAUUAGUGAAUAGCUUCUCGUUCCGAAUAAUGUUAAUAAUUAUUUAUUACCUACUGUUAUUUAUAUUAUAAAAAAGAGUUUUAGGUA